CGGGACAGGUGUGGCGAUCCGUUGGCAGUUGACUUAACCUCAAGGAACUUAAGAACACGGACACGCGAUUUUACGUUUGACCGCCGCAGCGAACAGUUCGCAUCUUUGUUCGCGUUUUAGUUUGGUGGUCGGGUUUAGUUCCCGUCCGGUGGGCAUCGCAGGUGCAAGCAUUCGGUUCUUUUUUGGAGAGUCUAGAGCUCGUGCUCAUCCUGCUCCCAUCACUUACACGCGAUACUCGCACCGUCACGCUGUUUUUCGGCGGUUUACUGUACACGAUCGCGACACUUAUCGGACGCUUGACGUGGGGAGCGAAGCGAGGAAGUGACCAAAAAAAAAAACUUGGUUGUGCGUGUGCUGGCUAGCAAGCGGAGCGGAUUUAAAGUGUUAAAGUUUAAUCCAGCUAAUUCCAUCUCUCCGGAUAGGUGCAGAGAGAAACCUUGGUCGCUGUUCAGUUGUUGUUGUUCUUUUUUUUUAAGUGCGUUCGUUUGCACCGUUCGGUUCGCGGGCAGUUCUUUUCGCAUCAAGUUUCGCACACUUCACCGGAAUAAAAUCGAAACAAACGCCCCAACAGCAAAGCGGAAUCCAAAAAGUGCAGUGCACGUUCCAUCGGUUACGAAAAAAGAGUGUCUCGUGUGUUCCCAAAAAAGCGAAACACAAGAACGCCAACUAGCACAGAGAAUAAUAGCAGCCAGCCAGCGGUAGAACGCGACGGAGGUUGCGUUUAAUCAGCUGCAUAUCGGUGUGUUUUGUGUGGAGUUUGGGCCGCUCAGGUGUGCGAGUGCGUGCGUGUGUUCGGUGCACACAGAGAAAACGCAGAAAACCCCAAGUUUUCAGUACAACAAAUCGGUGUUCCAGGAAUUUUAGUAACUAUCAAAGUAGAGCAUCAUGCGACAGAUCGGAAUGGAGGUUGAAGAUCCCCUCAAGCGGAUACAGGAGGAGAUCAACGAGGUGGCGCGACGUGAGCAGGAACUGCGCGAAGGACACAGCCGCGGAUCGAACGGUGGCGAUCUGAACGAUGAUAGCCUUUCGUCGACCUCGGGCAAUUCGGAUGAUUCCGGUCUGUCCCUAUCGCCGACUCCGGUCCAUUCACCGUCGGUGUCGAACCUGAAGGAUAAGCUGGAGCUCAAUGAAGCGGCUCAGCUCGCUGCGAAGGAGAACGAAGCGCAAACGAGGCAUCAGAUGACGAAUGGCAGUGGUGGUGGUGGUGGCGGUGGCGGUCGGCAGUACAUUCUGCCGCAGGCGAAAGCACUGACCCGUGCCCGGUCGACACCGCAGCUUUUCCAUACCAACGUAUCGUCGACGCCACCGCGACGCUUCAAUCCGAAUCCGAAUCAGCGCGGUAUUAUGCAGAAGUUCAUUGCCGCCCGUGGCCGCAUCAACAAGCUGGCCGCCAAUGGACAGACGGGAGCGAACGUCGCCGCCGCGGCACCGCUUUCGGCGAUGGCCAGCACUAGAGCCGAUCCGAUUGUGCCUUCUCUGGAUCUGAACCGAUCGCCGAUGAUGAUACUACCGACCGCCAUCUCGACGCCACCUUCGAUUGAGCGAGAUUCCAACGGCAAGCCGAUCCGGCGUGGAUACGUGCCGGUGGAGGAGAAGAUUCAGCGCGAGCUGCGCGAUCUCAAGAACCGCGAGUGUGAGCUGAAGCGUAUUCGGAAGCUGAACCGUAACGCCUCUCAAUCGGAUUUGCUCGAUAUGAACUACGACACUUUCGAAUCGUGCGAAGAGCUCUCGGAUGAGGAUAACACGGACGAACCGAUCUAUCCGCUGGCGAGAAAGCUACGAUCGACCAAAUCGAUCAGUGAACUCUGUGACGUGCUGACCAACUCUAGUCUCUCGCCAAGAGAAACUCCUUCACCACUGUUCGAGAGCCGCUCGCGGACUGGCAACGGAUGUGGCGGAGGAAUGCGGCCAGCGAUGUCCUUGGCUCAGCUGUGCGAUCUCGAUCCAGAGGAGGCACCUUCGUCACACAAGCUGAUCGCACAGUGGGAAAGCUUGAUCCAGCAGAAGCAACAACGAUAAAGCGAUGCUCAGGCUGGAGUUGAUGCUGGAUGAAUUCGCGAAACACAUCCUGGUCCGCCACACCUGACUCUGACUGCCGGGAUCGUAGCUGUGUACUGAAGACAUUAAACACGCACACUAGAAAACGGUGAACGGUAAUCGAUUGUGAUUUUGCAUUACCGUCACUUACCUUCUUGGCAACUACAUUGCUUUUAUUUUAUUAUGCUUUGUUUUUCCGUUCUACUUUUGCUUUACAUUUAAAAUGAAUCGUUUCUUUUCUUACUGAACGAAUUAUUAUUUCUUUUCUCAUAUCGCCAAGAAACGAUACUGUUGGAAUGGAUGUUUGGAGUUGUUGAUGUGAACGUUCAUAAUAUUAUCAGAAGGUUGCCGGAAAUGCAUCGUUACUUAUGCUCCCUUCCAACAUCUGCGCAGUAGUACUUAAGGGCUAAUAAGCGGCGUGUGCUGAUGCGAUUCCUAUCAAAUUGCUAGCCGUUUCAACCUGCCAGAUAAAAGCGUUUAGUGCAGGCUCAAACCGAUCGGAUGGAUAGUUGAUUAAUUGCUUGUAUUAUAUACACCGCUAGAUCGUAGAAAAAGCGUGAAAAGAACGCAAUAAACCGCGUGCAGCAACACAGACUAUGGCGCGCUAAUGACGGGCGAAGCUAGUUCAUAAGAUCUUUUACGCAAAAAACAAUACGAUAGACAUAUCAUUAGUUGCGUUUGGAGCAUGCUGAAAGAGAUAGUGGUGGAGAGGUACGCAGGAUAUGUACCGAACAUAAUAUGCUUAAUGUGUUUAUAUUUAUACAUUUAUUUUUUCAUAUACACGCACGUGCUGUUUGAUAUUGGCGUGUCCAACUGUAUGGAUGAGAAUAAAGUGAGUUA